AUGGGCUACGGCAGACUCCAGCCGUCGGACCCUGGAGGCUCCCCAAGUCUCUACGGGGCUGAAAACCCAUCACUCCCACAAACUGCCACGUCAUCCUCCUGCUCCAACGGCCGCAGCCGCAAGAACAAGCUCAUCCUAAUGUUCCUCCUCGCCGUGGCACUCAUCCUAGCCUCCGCCGUCUCGGCCGUGGUACUCAUCGUCGGAAAAUCCAAAGCCUCAAACUCCGCCGUCUCCUCCGCCCUCCACCGCAAGCCGACGCAGGCCAUCUCAAACGCAUGCGCAAAGACGCGCUUCCCCUCCCUCUGCGUCGACUCCCUCCUCGACUUCCCCGGCUCCAACGCCGCGUCGGAGCUGGACCUCGUCCACAUUUCCUUCAACAUGACUCUGCACCGACUCAGCAAGGCGCUCUACCUAUCCUCCUCCCUCUCCUACCGCCAGAUGGACCCCCACUCCCGCUCCGCCUAUGACGACUGCCUCGAGCUCCUCGACGACUCCGUAGACGCCCUCUCCCGGGCCCUCACCUCCGUCGCCCCCGGCGUGGGGUCCUCGUCCACACAAGAUGUCCGGACGUGGCUGAGCGGGGCGCUCACGAACCAGGACACGUGCGGGGAGGGUUUUGCGCAAAUCAAGGGCGGCGACGUCAAGAACGAGAUGGACCAGCGGCUCAAGGACUUGUCAGAACUGGUGAGCAACUGCCUCGCGAUUUACUCGGCGGUCGCGGGCGACGAUUUCUCCGGGGUGCCGAUACAGAACAAGCGGAGGAGGUUGUUGGGGAAUUCAGAAAUGGAGCGUGAUAUAAUGGGGGAUAAUGCUGACGUCUCGCGAGAUUUUCCGAGGUGGUUAGGAAGGAGGGAGAGGAGGCUGCUGUCGGUGCCGGUAUCGCAGAUACAGGCGGAUAUUAUCGUGUCAAAAGACGGCAAUGGGACGUACAAGACGAUCGCCGAAGCGAUCAAAAAGGCGCCGGAGUAUAGUUCUCGUCGGACAAUUAUUUACGUCAGGGCAGGAAGAUACGAAGAGAAGAAUUUGAAGGUGGGGAGGAAGAAGACCAACUUGAUGUUCGUCGGAGACGGGAAGGGCAAAACAGUAAUCACCGGCGGGAAAAGCGUCUCUCAGAACCUGACCACAUUCCACACUGCAUCCUUCGCUGCUACCGGAGCUGGUUUUAUUGCACGUGACAUAACGUUCGAGAACUACGCCGGACCGGCCAAGCACCAAGCCGUUGCCCUUCGAAUUGGGGCGGACCACGCCGUGGUCUACCUUUGCAACAUUAUCGGAUACCAAGACACAUUUUACGUGCACUCGAAUCGUCAAUUCAUCCGUGAAACGGACAUUUACGGUACGGUAGACUUCAUUUUUGGCAAUGCGGCCGUAGUGUUCCAAAACUGUAGCAUCUACGCUCGCAAGCCCAUGGCCUUCCAAAAAAACACAAUCACUGCCCAAAAUCGAAAGGACCCGAAUCAGAACACGGGCAUUUCAAUCCAUGCUUGCCGGAUUCUCGCCACUCCAGAGCUCGAGGGAUCAAAGGGUAACUUCUCAACGUAUCUAGGCCGUCCGUGGAAGCUGUACUCUAGGGCAGUGUACAUGUUAUCGUUCAUUGGUGAUCACGUACAUCCACAUGGAUGGCUUGAGUGGAAUGCCACUUUUGCUCUCGAUACGCUAUAUUAUGGUGAAUACAUGAACUAUGGCCCCGGCGGAGCGAUAGGCAAACGGGUAACUUGGCCGGGGUAUCGGGUCAUUACAUCCCAGGUGGAGGCGGCUAGGUUCACCGUGCGACAGUUUAUAUACGGGUCGUCAUGGUUGCCGUCCACCGGGGUGGCAUUCUUGGCCGAUCUAUCACUCUAAAUUACACUCAAGCGGUAAUUCUUGGCCCAAACCAUGCAUUAGUGGAUAAAUGCUCUUUUUACCCUUGGUAACUGUAAGAAUAUAGUUAUUGUUUAUUUUUGUUGUAUAUUUUUUAACAUUAUAUAAGAGAAUAAGUUGCUUUGUUC